GCACCCAAACUAGAAGAAUCGCAAAACCCCAGUUCUCCGCCUAAGAUACUUUUCUUCUUCGCCUUGCACAUAUAAAUCUGCAGAUACAUUGACAGAUAAAAGCUCUGCUCUGUGUUAGUCCAUACAGCUCAGGAGAGAAUCCAGAAGGAAAUGGGGUUAGGGCGCGAAGUGGCGAUAUCGCUGGACGGAGUGAGGGAUAAGAACGUGAUGCAGCUCAAGAAGCUCAACACCGUUCUCUUCCCUAUCCGAUAUAACGAAAAGUAUUACGUUGAUGCUCUUGCUUCUGGCGAAUUCACCAAGCUGGCGUAUUUUAGUGACAUUUGUGUGGGUGCUAUUGCAUGCCGACUGGAGAAGACGGAAGGUGGGAGCGUCCGUGUUUACAUCAUGACAUUGGGUGUUUUGGCACCAUAUCGCGGGCUUGGCAUAGGUACAAGGCUGUUGAACCAUGUUCUUGAUCUAUGCUCCAAACAGAACAUUUCCGAGAUUUACUUGCAUGUGCAGACAAACAAUGAAGAUGCCAUCAACUUUUACAAGAAAUUUGGAUUUGACAUCACGGAUACCAUCCCGAACUAUUACACGAAUAUUACCCCACCUGACUGCUAUGUUCUUAGGAAGUUCAUCUCGCAGUCUCAGGCAAAGAAAUAACAUUUUGAAGCCGGUGUUAGUUUGGGAGUCCUAAAUUUUUUCUAGCAUUAAAUGAUGUGGUGGUUCAAUUACAACUGAGAUCAUUAUGCUCUGAUUAUUGAAGUUUUAAGAACCGCAAUAUAUGCUGUUGAGGAGAGUUAUGUUUCUGCUACAUGUUUGAUGAACUGAAUAUUGGUUAUGGAUUAUAAAUUUGAAUCCUAUAUUUCUGGUU